CAAAACCAGAACCAUAACCAAAACCAAAACCAAAGACAUACUAAGAGAGAGAGAGUGUGUGUUUUUUUUUUGUGUAUUUUAGAGAGAGAAAGUGAAAGCAAGGAAUCCCAGUUAGCUAAGCUAAAGCUAAACUCAAAGCUUGCAGAUUGUGGAACCUAUAAUAGGAAGUUAAACUUCUUCUUCCUCUUUAUCCCCUUCAGAUUGAGAAUAGAUAAAUGGGUUCGCUGUCAGAACCAACAUCUGAGAGCAACUAUAGCAAGCCCCCUGGAAUCAGAUUCUUGGAGUACAUCAAGGGAACCAAACUUUCCUACAAAACCCACCAAGCAAUUGUUUUGAUUGUAACAUUUUUAGCAUAUGCAAGUUACCAUGCCACUAGAAAAACCACAAGCAUUGUUAAGAGUACCCUUGAUCCAGAAUCAUCAGAUGUGAUAUUGAAGUUCACCCCAUGGAGGACAUCUUACUCUGAGAAACCAGCUAAACUUUCAUGGAAAGCUGGGGAUGGCUGGGCUCCAUUUAAUGGACCAGAUGGGACAGCAUUGCUUGGAGAACUCGACGUUGCUUUCCUUGGGGUUUAUGCUCUGGGAAUGUACUGCUCAGGUCAAUUGGGUGAUAGAUUGGAUAUAAGGAUCUUCUUAACUGUGGGAAUGGUGGGAACCGGUUUGUUUACUUCACUCUUUGGUGUUGGAUAUUUUGGAAACAUUCAUUCUUUUUGGUACUUUUUGGUAGUUCAAAUGGUUGCUGGUUUGUUCCAAUCAACUGGAUGGCCUUCAGUGGUUGCAGUGGUUGGUAACUGGUUUGGGAAGAGCAAGAGAGGGCUAAUUAUGGGUAUAUGGAAUGCUCACACUUCCAUUGGAAACAUCACAGGUUCCUUGAUUGCGUCUGCUCUAUUGAGCUAUGGAUGGGGUUGGUCCUUCGUUGUGCCCGGUCUCAUGAUUGUAUUCAUUGGUUUGGUGGUUUUUCUUAUAUUGCCUGUUAAUCCUGAGUCUGUUGGAACUGAUAAAGAAAAUGAUGAAUUGCAUUCUCCUAAGAAAAUUGGCGAGGAAGUAACAGAACCUUUGUUAAAUUCAGAGACAGUGGUUAAGGAGAAAGCUGUGGGGUUCAUAACAGCAUGGAAAAUUCCAGGAGUUGCUCCUUUUGCUCUUUGCCUUUUCUUUGCCAAAUUGGUUGCUUAUACAUUUCUCUACUGGCUUCCAUUCUACAUUAGCCACACAGCUAUUGAUGGAAAGUAUUUAUCUAGCACCACAGCUGGAGACUUGUCUACAUUGUUUGAUGUUGGUGGUGUGCUUGGAGGAAUCCUAGCCGGUCACAUUUCUGAUCGCUUAGGUGCCAGGGCCAUAACAGCUGCAAGUUUCAUGUACUGUGCUAUUCCUGCUCUCUUCUUCUAUCGAAGCUACGGACAUGUUUCCUUGACUGUAAAUAUCAUUCUCAUGUUCAUCACCGGCAUGUUUGUUAAUGGGCCAUAUGCUCUUAUAACAACAGCAGUUUCAGCUGACUUGGGAACCCACAGUUCACUAGAAGGUAACUCCCGGGCACUGGCAACUGUAACGGCAAUUAUAGAUGGCACGGGCUCUGUUGGGGCUGCUAUAGGGCCUUUAAUAACAGGUUAUAUUUCCUCUACAAGCUGGAGUGCAGUUUUCACAAUGUUGAUGGUAGCAGCUCUAAUUGCAGGGCUGCUUCUAACUAGACUAGUUGUGGCCGAGGUGGCUGCAAAGAUAGAGGAAUCAAGAUCACAAGGGGGGUCUGCAUCAAGAUCUCCAGUACAAGCACUUGAAGUGUGAGUUUUUGGAGGGCUUAUAGUGCUACUACUUGUGUUGUACAUGUGUGACUUGUACAUAAGCUCCAGUUCACAGCCUUUGUUGAGUCUGGUCACUAUAUUGAAAUGAGGAUCCGUGUGUUAUGGUUAAAGAAAGUGAGGAUAUUUUUUAACCUUCUCCAUCAUUUGGUUUGGUGGGGGGUCCAAAAAUGUGGAGAGGGUUGAGGCAUCCAUUGUACAUUAUUUGUAUCUCUAUCAAAUAAAUCAUAUAUAUAGCAUCAUCCAGAAGGAUAA